AUGGAACAGGUUUCUCCAGAGAUCGAAAGAGAGCGCAAGGAACACGAGGCAACCAAACAACUUUAUAAAGAUCUUGAGGGGCGCAGUUUAAAACUUAAAGAGGCCGCCAACUCUCUUCAGGAGGAAAAUAAGCAGUUCAGGGCUACUUUGGAGGAGAUGAACCGGGAAGUUGCUCGUACGAGGCGCCGUUUUAGUGAUAUCAACCUUCAAAACAAACAUUUGUUGAAGGAAAUAGCCGUUUUGAAGGGCGAUCUCGUAGAAGAGAGCGUCUUUGAAAAGAGCAGCUCUUCGCCAGUGGCUCUGGAUAUCGAGACAAUUAUCUCUAACAAACUUGUGACCUACUCAAGUGUGGAAGAUCUGCUUGAGCAAAACGCCCAGUUGAGGGAUUUGCUGAGGAAGUUUUUUAAGGACGGUGAACAGCGCGAAGAGGAGCUCCAACGGAGUCUGCACAUCAUUAAGGACCUAAAUAAUCUUCAGAGUCAGAAUGAAUUGCUUAUGUCUCACUUGGUGGACCAGCGGGCGCAGUUGCAGACUCUUUUAGAAGAGCGGAGCAUGCUUGCAGAACUUUUGGAGAGAAAGGAAUCCGUGCUAGAAAGUAAAGCUGCCGCACCAGCGGACUGGGAGCAGCUCGCCCAGGAAUUAGAGGCUCUGAAGUCCGAGAGAGAUUCUUUAAAGGGCGAUAUCGAGACUUUAAAGGAGGCUGAUCAAGAACAAAAAGACUACCAAAUCAAGGAACUCACUGCACUCCUAAACGAGCGGGAAGCGAUACUACUUUCCUGCACCAAACUGCGAUCGGAGCUGGAACUCGGACAAAAUAUGUUAAAGCACAGGGAAGCUCACAUAGCUAACCUUUCAUGUGACCUCGACCAUGCCCAGCACCAAAACAAAGCACUGGUGGACCAAAUUGUCGAGUAUGGCAGGCAGGUUGCCCGUCUGAACCAGGAACUCGCCGCCAAAGGCCAGGAGCUUGUAGAAAGGGAAUCAAAACUUUCUCAGCUCUCUUCCAGCUUAGAAGUCAGCAGGGGCUGCAUUGGCCGCUUAGAGGCAGAGCUCGAGUCGGUUAGGCACCAGAGCCAGCAAGGAGAGGCGCUCCUCCUUCAAUUGGAAGCCAUUCAGGAAGGACUCGCCAGGACUGAAAAAAGCGCCGUAGACAACGUGAACCACUACACUGAAACCCUAAAGAAAGAGAAGCUUCUGCUUGAGUCAGAAUGUGCCAAACUUAAACAGGAAAUUCAGUCUCUUUAUCGAGACCAAGAAAUUCUUGUAACGAACUUGCGGAGCUCUCUUGAGGCUGAAAAAAAGGCUCGUUUCGACCUCGAAAAAGAAGCUGGCGUACUGCAUAACAGCGAGCUUUCCCUUCAAAAAACGGUAGAAGAUCUUCAGCUCCGCUUAGAAGAAAGUGAAAAGCGUCUCAGCAUUUUACUAGAGGUCCAAUGCGAAGACGACCGCAUAAAACUCUUAGAGAGCCAGCUUACUGACUUGCGCUCGGACUUGACGACUCGUCAAGAGACCAUAGCAACGCUUGAAGAACAACUCGCCUUGGCUAACGAAAAAUCUCAAAACUACAAGAUUCUUAGUGAAAACCUGGAAAGAAACAUCGAGAAUUUUAAUAUAACGAGGGAGGAGUAUAAGAAGGCUUUGGAGAAAGAAAAACGCGAACUCGAGUGUAGAGUUGAGGAGCAUGCGAAGGAAAUCGCCGCCCUUAAAGCUCAACAGAUUAAACACGUGCAACACCUGUCGGAUGUUCAGGCUGAGUUAGACGCUGCGACAGAGAAGCUUGAGAAACAACGCGUGGAAUAUGAGAAGAGGAGUGCUGCGCUGAGCGAGGAUUUGAACGCUGCGAAAACGCUACAACUGUCUCUUCAGAGGGAAGCCUCCGAACAGCGCACAAUUGCUGGUUCGGCUGAAGAGAAAUAUUCACGUAUAUUCGUCGAGCACGCCGCACUCAUGCAGGAAUAUUCUCUCUUGAAGGAAAGGCACCAGAACUUGGAGUCUUCGUUGGAGAGCGUUUCGAAGACGGCCGAACUUCACUUAAAACUCAAAGAGGACGCUGAGAAUUUGCUUUCCCAAAGGGAGAAGUUCCUUGAAGUCGAAAUAAAGAGACAUUGCGAUCGAAUUAGUGAACUGGAGCAACAAAACUCGCUCCUUCAUUCCCAGUUUGCGUCGCUGAGUCGAAAGCUCUUCCGUUUAUCUGCAACUAAGGGGGUCCCCUCCGAGCCUCUCGCUUGUGCGGGGGAGCAGCUUUCUGAUGAUGUCGCUGAGUUAAGGGAAAUCCUGCAGUUUGUACGACUUGAACACCAAUCGAUGGUCUUAAAAGAGGAACGCGCUCGACAGGAUGCGGCUAAGUACAAGGAGAUGUACGAACACACAGCUCAGGCAAGAGACGAACUGCAGUUCCUAUUGGAGCAGCACCGACAAACUAACCAGAAUAAGAAUAGCCCCGUCAACCAAGAAGUUUCCGCAAAAGUCUCUGCUGUGGCUCUUUUAAAGGAUAGUAAUAUCCUGUUAAGGGAGGAAAACACGCGGCUGCACACUGCCCUUAACGAAAGCAAGGCCAAGCUAAAGGAGCUGCAAAGGGUUUUGGAUAAUAGCGCGUCUGAGCAUGAAAAGAUAAAAACCGCUAAAGAGACGCUGGAGGCUGAAAAGGUAGCUCUGCGGAACGAUAUUGUUCGCCUGCAAAAGCGCUUGCAGGACUAUUUUGAGCGCUAUAAGCACAUCGAUCCGGAAGCAUUUGCCAAGGAGCAGCUCGCCAAGGAGAAGGCACUGGUCGAGCUCAAUGCACUUCAGGGGAAGUAUACAGACAUGAAAGAAAAAAUAAAGAAUAUGGAAGUGCAAUAUAAAGAAGGAGAAAGGAAGCACGAGCUUGUGCUGGAGGAACUGAAAAAUGGUUUUGAAAAGGAGAAGGAGGAAUUAAGCAAAAAACACGCCGAGCUGGUGAAAAAGAUUGAGAAUCUUACUAAACACGUGCUAUACUGGAAGAACGAAGCUAGAAAACUUGACUGUCAGCUGAACACGGCGAAAGUUUCCAAGGAGGCUCUAGAAAAGACCGUUCAGACACUCGAGCAAAGAGUGGGCGAGAUGUCCGCAUCAAAAGACACCGUGGAGAGCUUCCGGAGUGCUGUACAGGAGUUGGAGAAAGAAAAGAAAAAUCUUGAAAAAGAACUGAACGAAAAUAUUAGCCAGCACAGAGCUCUUCUGGCAGAAAAAGAGAGAAAAAUACAGCUUUUAACGAAAAGGCUUCUGCUACAGAAGAGCAAGGAGACCAAUGCGAAUACAGCAGUCGUAACUCAGACUUCAGCACCCGUCUCACAAGUGGGCGUAUCUCCCCCGUGUGACGACCCUUUGCCUUCGCGUCAGCCGUCAGUCUCUUCUCCCCAUGCGACCUCCAUCGACCACUCAGCCCAACCGACCUCGUCCACCCCUGUGUUCCCGACAUCACCGGGACUGCCGACUAGUAGUGCAACCUCCUCUCUGUUGACUGGUCUUCAAGCAAGGAGGACCGGGUCUAUCGAAGACCUACGAGCUCAGCUGUUAGCGGCCACCCCGAAGACGAAAAAAGUUGCUACUGCCGAGGAAUCAGAUAAUCAGCACUCAGAAAAGCCCGGAACGCAAGAUAAACAGCCCACCGCUCCGCUGAUCCCCGAAGACGAAGGUCACGUGGAAGACAAGGGCGCCCACACUCCUGUUCUCAGCGACACAGCCCAGCCCCCCGACGAGUUGAAAUGUACGAAGCGGGUCGCACAAGCAACCUCGGAGCACAUCAAGAAGCCAAGGGCAGACGAAUCAGCUGCAGUUGCUUCUAAAGAGGUGGAGGGGACCCCUUGCGUGCCAGCAACAGCUCUUGCUGCAUGUGAGACCUCCGAAGAAGUAAAAAGAAAAUCUCCGCUAUCUACCACUACUGAAAAACCGCCUGUUAGAAUUUCUUUUCAGUUUGAAAGCUCUUCCGCCGUCCGACCCUCUGCACCCACUGUCUUUUCGAAUAACCAGCCUAGAGGGGACAGCCCUGCGAUCCAGGCAGUCGAUGCAAAGAGUUUCAACGGCGAAAGACCUGUUAGGCCCUCCCCUCCGCCUGCGUCCGGGGUAUAUCUCUCUCAUCAACGACAAACGUUUUCCACUGGCGGAAGAGGCUCCCGUCCGCCCCCGCGGCACUUUCCCUUUCGUGGUCAGAACCGGCCAAUGUUUCUACAACGGCAGAGACUGCAGCCGCAAGAGCACUAUCAGCAGUUGCAACAGCAGGCCAAUCAGAGGCAGGAAUCUUCACGCGGGCGUGGAGGUGCAAGAGAGCGAGGGAGCAGCGGAGGAAAGGCCAGGGGUCGUAAUUAGU